CACAUAUAAAGCAGCCAAUAAAGUCUUUAUAUGUUUUGUGCAUAUACUACACUUUACUAACUUACACAAUUCUUGUUGCAUAAUUAACAUAUAUGGCAAUGUUUUUGUUUUUCGUUUAUGCAAUUUUAACAAAUGUGGCUCUUCAAGCUGAUGCUCGAGCUUUCUUUGUGUUCGGAGACUCGUUAGUCGAUAAUGGCAACAACAAUUACUUGGCUACAACUGCUCGUGCCGAUAAUACACCAUAUGGGAUCGAUUAUCCCACUCGAAGGCCAACCGGCCGGUUCUCUAAUGGUCUAAAUAUUCCUGACCUUAUCAGUGAGGCCAUAGGUUCAGAAGCAACAUUGCCAUACUUGAGCCCGAACCUCACAGGUCAAAAGUUACUUGUUGGAGCAAAUUUUGCUUCUGCUGGAGUUGGAAUACUUAAUGAUACCGGUGCCCAGUUUGCAAACAUCAUAAGGGUACCGAUGCAAAUGAACUACUUCGAACAAUAUAAACAAAGGUUAAGUGGUAUAAUCGGUCAUGAAGAGGCAGAACGACUUGUACGUCAAGCUUUAGUCCUUAUGACAUUGGGAGGCAAUGACUUUGUGAACAACUAUUUUUUGGUGCCUUUCUCCGGAAGAUCUCGACAGUUUGCCCUUCCCGAUUACGUUCCUUAUAUCGUAUCUGAGUACAGAAAAAUUUUAAUGAGACUUUACGAUAUGGGGUUACGAAGGGUUUUGGUAACGGGCACAGGCCCGUUAGGUUGUGUGCCAGCAGAACUUGCACAACGUAGUAGAAAUGGCGAGUGCUCGCCAGAGUUACAAAGAGCAUCGGGAUUGUUUAACCCCCAACUCCAAGACAUGCUAGAUAGUCUCAACAGGGAAAUCGGGCAAACUAUCUUUAUUGGUGUCAAUAUUCAUCAAUCAAGUAUCGAUUUCGUCUCAGACCCUGGUAGAUAUGGAUUUGUUACGGCUAAGGUAGCAUGUUGUGGGCAAGGACCAUAUAAUGGAAUCGGACUAUGUACCCCUAUGUCGAAUUUAUGCCCAAACAGAGAAAUCUACGCAUUUUGGGAUCCUUUCCACCCAUCUGAGAAGGCAAACCGACUUAUCGUGCAUCAAAUUAUGAAUGGUGCAAGCAACUAUAUAUCACCAAUGAACCUCAGCACGAUCAUGGCUUUGGACGCUGUAGAAAAUGUUUGACGCGACGACACCGGUGAAUUCAUAACAAAUUCAACCGAUCGAGCUCCUUCAACGUGCAUCUAUUGAAUUUGAGUAUUGUUUUGUAUGAGAUUUUUAAUGUUUCAGUUUGAUAGGUAAUUGGUCUUGUGUGUUAGAAUAUUUGUAGCAUGCAUAUUGAAUUCUUUAUCCCAUUUUGAUAUGAUUUGGAAUGAAUAAAGGUUCAUGCUUUUCAAUUA